AUGUCUCCCUCUGAUGAUACAAAGAUGCGAGAAUACGUGGAUGAUACAGAGGACUACAUCAACAUCAUUAUGGAUGACAAGCAGAACCAGUUGCUGCAAUUUGGAGUUGUGAUGAGCACAGCACUUGUGAUGCUCGAUGUAGCUGGUGUGAUCGCAGGUUUGCUGAGCAUGAACUUUGACAUCCCUCUCUUUGCUGUUGGAAUCCCUCGGCAAUUUUAUGAAGCCACUGCAGUAACAGUAGGUGGUUGUACAUUCAUAUUUUUCAUAGCCAUUAUGUGGUUCAAGCGAAAAGGAUUGCUAGGAUGA